CCCCCCCUAAUCAUGUCCCCGCGUUGAUGGCGUCUUUGUGAGCCGUCAACGAAGAGAAACUACCUUACAGUUCAAACUUAUAACGCUAUUUCUGUGAAGUUAUUUGGGUCUGUAAUGUCGACUGGUUGUUAUUCGUAAGUAUGCUGGACGACAGUAGUCCCGGUUUUUCCGAAACGGACACAAAGCAGCCACAAACGGUCACCACGGAAUACUGCGAGAAGCUGCAGCAGUGGAUGUGGCAGUAUUACACGGGCUGCAGCCCGGCGAGCUGGGGCUUCCUGCCAGCCUUCCUUCUCCCUCAGACGCCGGACGCAGCUCUCUCGACUUCCGCUGGUGACCACCAAGCUUUUGACAUCCGGAAUUGGUACAGCUACCCUUCUCCUCUCAGUCCGCCCACGCUGCCUCAGCCGCCUCCUUAUGUCGGCGUUGAUCGGACUGAACGGAGCGCCGCUUCGGCGGCGGAUGCCCGGGCAGCCCAGCAGCAGAACGGCGACACCCUCCAGGCAGGGCGGGAGUACAAGAUUCCUUCUCCUCUCCAGAGAUUCAUGGCAGAGACGGUGGAUUUCAUCAUCCUGUUCUGUGUGAAGGCCACCAUUGUGUUAUGGAUCAUGCAUCUGAGCGGGAUGAAGGACAUUGCAAAGUUUAUCACCCACUUCAUCGUGGAGGAGAUUGACGAGAACACGUCUUUAGAAGACCUGCAGAAGAUGAUGGCGGUCGCUCUGGUCUACAGGGUUCUAGUGUGUGUUUAUGAGACACUCUGCAUUUGGGGAGCUGGCGGUGCAACUCCAGGAAAGUUCCUACUUGGUCUGCGAGUUGUGACAUGCAAUACGUCCACGCUGGUGCGACCUAACCGCGUUCUUGUCGUCCCAGCGUCCAACGUCUCCCUCUCUGCCUCGAUGGUGCGUGCACUGAACAAGAACUUCUCCAUUGCUUUCCUCUUUCCCAUCUUCAUCACGCUGCUCUUCUUCCAGCACAACAGGACUGUGUACGACAUCGUAGCGGGAACCAUAGUUGUGCAGCGCAGAAGCCCCAGAUAGUUUGUUCUCCCGACAGACUCACUCGCAGAGUGAGACUUUUUGCACUGAGUGACGAAGGACUGCUGAGCUGAUCGAGCUUUGAUUUCUUUAAUGGAUGGACUGCACUGCUUAGACUAAGAAGCAUCUUAGUCAGAGAAACUGCCAUCAUGGCUGAUCUUAGUUAGAAAAACCCUCCAAAGUGUUAUGAGUUUUGAUUAUUUGUAUAGAAUGCAAACCUGUAAAUGAUACUGAACUCUCCACACAAUUGACACAUGAUGCAAAGUGUUAGAUAUAAAAUAAAUGUUUAUAUUUCAUAAACAUGAUAAAUGUUGUGGAUUUGCUGAACUUUUAACAUUUGGAAAGCCUUUUUUUUAAAUAAAUGACACUAGAAAAA